UCGGUCGGUCGGUGUCGGUGUGGAGCGGAGUGUUCAGGGAGCGGAGGAGGGAGCGGGACCGCCGAGCCCCGUGUCGCGGUCAGCAGGCUCAGAGCCGGAGCAGAGGGAGCAGCGGGAGCAGCGGAGGGGAGGAGGGCCGGCCCGGGACCCCGACAGGAGCGUUUGAAUCACAAUAGAGGAGCCGGUGGUCGGAGAAAGGAGCCCGGAGGAGCUGCGCGGCGCUGCGGGGGAUGUGCCUACACAAUGGGAGACGACUCGCUGGCACCGUCCGGGACGCGGAGUAACGCUCUCCCGCGGGCUUGUUUGUCCUGAUACCGGAGCAGGAGGAGCAGGAGGAGCAGGAGGACUCCCGGCGGCGAGCGCGUCUUCCUCUGAAGGUGUUUGUGCGCAUCCGGGACUCCUCUCCGUGCCCCGGACUCAGCGGCGGAUCCGGUUUGUUGCAUUUGUUGCCAGUUUGGAUUCCGCUGGGAUGAAGGCGGAAUGUGUUUCCUGCGUCAAAGUGCGCGCUGCGUACACAUCUGGAUGAGAGGAAAGUCGGCUAGCUUUUUGUUUUUUUAACCUUUUGUGGAGAAGUUUUGGAUUUUCACCCCAAACAGUCUGCAGAAACAAGCCUCAGUUUCAUCUAAAACAGGAAUAUAAAACCCUCAGUCUGCAGAAACAAGCCUCAGUUUCAUCUAAAACAGGAAUAUUAAACCCUCAGUCUGCAGAAACAAGCCUCAGUUUCAUCUAAAACAGGAAUAUUAAACCCUCAGUCUGCAGAAACAAGCCUCACUUUCAUCUAAAAAAGGUGUUUUUUGGGGCGCUGUGAAGGGUCAGUGAUGUACCUGCUGGACAGCGCUGAGGCCGACAGGAUGGAGCGCGGCACGCCUCAGAGGAAAACCGUCUACCGGAUCUCCCUCACGCUGGUGAAGAGGGAGAGUUUAGAUGGCGAGGAUGGCGUGCGGCGGGCGGAGAACCCCAAAGCAGGCUCUUUGAGGCGUGAGGGCUCGGUGGAGGUGCAGAGGAGCGGCCUGCUGGAGCAGCUGAAGGAGGUGGAGGAGGAGUCGGAGUCGGCGUCUCACGGCUACAUGAGGAACUUCCGGACGUUCAGCACGGGGCAGCUGGAGCUGGGGAGGCUCAAACUGGCCCGGAGGCUCCUGAAGGAAAAGGCCAGCAGCCCGGUGGCGGAGAGCGCGGCGAGUCCGGAAAUGCAGGAUUCAGACGGACUUAAGGAGGAUAUUCGCACUGAACAAACAGAGGAGAAGAAGAGGAGGCUCCAGAAGGCGCGGAGCGUGGAGGAGAGGAGCACUGACCCUCCUCUGAACGCUGAUGGGAAAAUGUCUCACUCCAGGAGCAACGGGAAGGUGGCCCCGUCCCCGGAGACGCCACCUCUGAAACGCCCGCCCGGCCUUCUGCGCCGCAGCUUCAGCUUCAGGCACUGGAGCGGCGGUGAGCUGCUGCGCCUGCGGGCGCUCUCCAAAGAUAAACACCACAGCAGCUCAGGAUGCAUUGGCCACAACGCCGCGCAGGACGCCGCCGAGAAGGAGGCUCCCGCCGUGCCCCCAGCCCCCCGCCUCGACCCCACUAGGCAGAAAAGCAGGACGCUGGAGGUCGGCGCCGUCCUGAACAAGACGGACUCCAUGUUGGAGCUGAGCCGCUGGGAGCGGGCGCGGGGCAACAAGAACCGGACGCUGGACAACAGUGACCUGCUGCGGCUGGCGGCCGAGAAGGACGGGGCGGGAGGGGGCUUCCUGCUGAGGGGAGGGGGAGGGCGCUCCAGCGAGCGGAGGCUGGUUCGCUUCUUCAGCGGGAUCUUCUCCAGGAGGGACGGGGCGUCCACGCCGGCGGGGAGCCCCGGCACCAACCGGUCUCUGCGGCGGAGCAAGAGGGCGGUGCUGUCGCAGUCCAGCACGGAGAGCAUGAACGGAGGGAGCACCGAAG